CGAAGAGGUGAAGUCUAGACUCUAAAGGGUGGUGGUGGUGGUGGGAAAGGCCAUCGUCUCCUCUUCAAGUGUUCUUGGACUCAACGAUUUCUUUUUUGAAAAAAAAAUUGAAAAAUCUUUUAAGGAAUUAGGAUUCCUGUAUGGGUAUUUAUUAGAUUUGGAUCGGGCAAUCGGAUGGUCUUUCCAAUUGUAGGCCUCACGUGGUCGGCGGCGGUGUGUGUCGUGGUGUCAGAGGGUGGCGGUGGGAUUCUUCUGUUUGACUGCUGCUUGUUCUGGAGAAGAAGCUUUACGGCGGUUGGGGGAAGAUGAGGAAGGCAAAGGUUGUUGGUGGUGGUGUUGGCGGUGGUAGGAAUAACGGCUUGUUGCCCAAUUCUUUUCGUAUAAUUUCGUCUUGCCUGAAGACGGUAUCAACUAAUGCUAGCUCGGUUGCUUCCACGGUUCGCUCAGCUGGGGCUUCCGUCGCCGCUUCUAUCGCUGUAGCUUCCGAGGAUCAGAAAGACCAGGUAUUAUGGGCUGACUUUGACAAUCUAGAGCUUGGUCAGUCUGUCGUCAAACGUGUUCUGUUACUUGGUUACUCUAAUGGAUUCCAAGUCCUUGAUGUUGAAGAUGCCUCCAAUGUCAAUGAAUUGGUCUCAAAACGUGAUGGUCCAGUUACUUUCCUACAGAUGCAGCCCAUCCCUGCAAAGUCCAAAGGUCAGGAAGGAUUUAUAGCGUCUCACCCCUUACUGUUGGUUGUUGCUGGGGAUGAGACUGCGUCUUCAGGUCCAGUUCAAGCUUUUGGGGGGCACAUCAGAGAUGGUAAUAUUGAGCCUCAACCGGGAAACUCUAUCUCUCCUACAGCUGUUCGGUUCUACUCACUAAGGUCACACAGUUAUGUGCAUGUUCUAAGAUUUCGGUCGGCUAUAUAUACUGUUAGAUGCAGCCCACGGAUAGUUGCCGUGGGUCUUGGAACUCAAAUAUACUGCUUUGAUGCUCUUACUCUUGAGAAUAAAUUCAGUGUUCUGACCUAUCCUGUCCCUCAGCUGGGUGGACAAGGAGUUGUCGGGGUUAACAUGGGCUAUGGUCCAAUGGCUGUUGGUCCCAGGUGGUUAGCUUAUGCUUCCAACAAUCCUCUGUUGUCAAACACAGGCCGCCUUAGUCCACAGAAUCUUACCCCUUCUCCAGGUGUUAGUCCAUCUACUUCACCUGGCAAUGGGACCUUGGUUGCUCGUUAUGCGAUGGAGUCAAGCAAACAGUUAGCUGCUGGCAUAAUCAAUCUUGGUGACAUGGGAUACAAAACUUUGUCCAAAUACUAUCAGGAGCUUUUACCGGAUGGUUCAAACGCUCCUGUAUCAAAAAUUUCAAACUGGAAAGUUGGUAGACUUGCAUCAGCCACGCAUUCUAGUGAAACAGAUAAUGCAGGGAUGGUUGUCAUUAAGGAUUUCGAAUCCAGGGCUGUUAUUUCUCAAUUUAAGGCCCAUUCAAGUCCAAUUUCUGCACUCUGUUUUGACCCAAGUGGGACGCUUUUGGUAACUGCAUCUAAUCAUGGGAACAACAUAAACAUUUUCCGGAUCAUGCCAUCCUGCAUCCCAACUGGAUCAGGCACACCUAGCUAUGAUUGGAGCUCUUCUCAUGUGCAUUUAUACAAGUUAUAUCGUGGAAUAACAACGGCAGUCAUACAAGACAUAUGUUUCAGUCAUUUUAGUCAGUGGAUAGCUAUUGUUUCAUCUAGAGGAACUUGCCAUAUUUUUGUUUUAUCACCUUUUGGUGGUGAUGCUGGUCUUCAAACACAAGGUGCUCAUAACGAUGGGCCUAUUCUUUCACCAGGUCUAUCUUUACCAUGGUGGUCUACUUCAUCUUGCUCAAUAAACCAGCAAGCUUUCCCACCACCACCACCUAUAACAAUCUCUGUGGUAAGCCGGUUAAAGGAUGGUAGCUCUGGGUGGCUUAAUACAGUAAGUAAUGCAGCAGCUUCAGCAACGGGGAAAGUAUUUGUACCCUCUGGUGCUCUUGCUGCUGUUUUCCACAAUUCUGUAUCUCACAGUUCUCAAGACUCUUCCUCAAAGACUUUGGAGCACCUUCUAGUUUAUACUCCAUCUGGUCAUCUUGUUCAACAUGGACUUCUGCCAUCCUUGGGGACAGAACCGAAUGAUAGUGGUGCAAGAACUGGGUCAGGUUCUUUUGUGCAAGUACAGGAUGAGGAGUUAAAAGUGAGAGUUGAACCUGUCCAAUGGUGGGAUGUUUGCCGAAGAUCUGAUUGGCCAGAAAGAGAGGUUUGUAUUUCCCUAGUGACCCGUGGUGGACAAGACGCUGCAGAAAGUGUCAUGGAUAAUUCUGAUGAGGAACAUGUUGAUAUGAAUCAUGCCAUGGAUUCAAAUAGUAUAACUGGGGUUAAAGGUUUGGUAAAACCCUUUGAAAGGCCUCACUGGUAUCUCUCCAAUGCAGAGGUGCAGAUAUACACAGGGAGGAUACCCAUAUGGCAGAAAUCUAAGAUAUAUUUUCAUAUGAUGAUUCCUUUGGGGUCUAAUGAGAGGAUGGUUACCAACGAUAAUGUGGGUGGGGAAAUUGAAAUUGAAAAGAUCCCUGCUCAUGAGGUCGAAAUGAGGCGCAAGGAUUUGCUUCCCGUGUUUGAUCAUUUCCAUAGUGUUCAGUCUGAUUGGAGUGACAGGGGCCCUUUUGUGGGGGGAUCCACAAAUGUUUUGUCUCCUGAUCCUCAUCGAACUAAGGGCAAGUUAAUGGAAGAGAAUGUUAGUUACAAUAAGUCGGCAUCCCUUGGAUCAGUGCGAAGCUUGAACAGAGGAUCACCAAGAACAACUGAGAGUUUGCUUGAUUUAUAUCAAGCAAAUAUACUGACGUAUCAUGCACCUGUGGAUCAAUCUGUGAAUGAGAUAUAUGGUGAAAAGAGGCACAGUAAUACACAGAUAUCCACUCUUGUGACCCAAAGCUCCUCUGAACACAAUCAUGAAUCAAUUCUUCCUAAAUGUUCUAUAACAGGUGAUUGCCAACUGGAUGAUAUUGUUGUUAAUGAUGCAUCCUCUUCAAGGGGCAACACACACAGUCUUGGGAGACCUAUCUCUGAAGGAGUUCCCUCCACAAAUGCUGGUGGCAUUAGUGAAGUCAUAAACACUAGAGGGGUUAGUGAAAUAACAAAUUCAAGUUCUGAUCGUUCUGGUUCUAGUCCAAACAAUCUUGCUGAAGGCCCUCCACAUGUAGACCUGCAAGAUCCUCUAGAUUUUGGGCAGUAUUUUCAAGAAGGCUAUUGUAAGGUAACAGAGCUCAAUGGGUGUCAUGAGCUUACUGACAUUAAUGACGCUGACAGCAGCAGUAGCCACUGCGAGAGGGAAAGAAUUGAGGAGGACGAAGAGAAUGAUGACAUGCUAGGGGGUGUAUUUGCCUUCAGUGAAGAAGGUUGAACCUUAUGGACCUUGUACCAUGUGUGUAAGAGAAAGCUGAACUAAUUCUACUGACCCGCCAUCAAAUUCCAAAUCAUGAGGUAUAUGCCUGUACAAAUGUCUCCAUCAGACUUCUUUGCAAGGUGAGUCCAAAUUGGCUACUUUCAGUGGUGAGAGCAACUGACAAGAACCCCUCAUCUUGGUUCAAGAAAAGGAUCACAUGGAUGCACAGGAUUGUGUCAACAUCAUACCAAAGCAAUAUGACUCUCUCUCUCUCUCUCUCUCUCAUAUGUACAUUUUGUAGAUGGAAAUUCAUAAUUCAUGGGGAGG